AUGAAGACCGCAUCGGCGGCCGCCCUCCUUCUCGUGGGCCAGGCAGCGUGUGCUGCGGUUCGUCCUAGAAACUACACCACUAUCGACUACAACCUGGCACCGCCCAAUCUGUCGACUCUGGCCAAUUCAUCCCUGUAUGAUCUAUGGCGACCCAAAGCCCACGUCCUUCCUCCGUCGGGCAAUGUGGGCGACCCAUGCGUGCAGUACACGGACCCCAAGACAGGCUCGUUCCACGUUGGCUGGAUCAUGAGUCAAGGCCUUGGCGGAGCCAUGACCGAUGAUCUCAUCCACUAUCAGGAUCUCCGCGAGGAUGGUGGCCCGAUCAUUAGUCCUGGCGGAGUAAACGAUCCCGUCGGUGUGUUCGACGGCAGCGUUUUCCCCAGCGGUAUUGACGGCAUGCCCACGCUCCUCUACACCUCGGUGUCUUUCCUCCCCAUUCACUGGACGAUCCCUUACCCUCGCGGAGGAGAGACUCAGUCUCUGGCCGUCUCUUACGACGGCGGCCGAAACUUCACCAAGCUCAACCAGGGUCCGGUCAUCCCUGACGCUCCGUUCGGCGUCAACAGGACAGGCUUCCGCGACCCGUGGGUGUUCCAGAACUCGAAGCUUGACGCCGCCCUUGACAGCACGCAAGGAGCCUGGUACGUCGUCGUCUCAGGCGGUGUCCACGAUGACGGUCCCAGUCAGUUCCUCUACCGUCAGUAUGACCCGGACCUCCAGUACUGGGAGUACCUCGGACAGUGGUGGCAUGAGCCUGCCAAUUCCACCUGGGGAGAUGGCACCUGGGCCGGACGAUGGGGCUUCAACUUUGAGACGGGAAACAUCUUCAACCUCAAUGACGAGGAGGGAUCCAGCCCUGACGAUGAGGUUUUCGUCACUCUCGGCACCGAGUGGUCGUAUGCUCCCGCCGUGCCCGAGGUCUCGGCCAACCACGAUCAGCUGUGGGCGGCCGGAAAAGUCUCCAAGCACGGCAACAUCACCUUCACGCCGACCAUGGCCGGUACUUUGGACUGGGGUAUUUCAGCGUACGCUGGCUCCGGAAAGGAAAUGCCAUCGACAUCUCAGGCGUCAACCAAAGCCGGUGCGCCGGACCGCUUCAUCUCGUGGGUCUGGUUGUCCGGAAACUCCUUCGGAAUGGCAGAGGGCUUCCCGGCUGCACAGCAAAACUGGACCGGCUCGCUUCUGCUCCCCCGUGAGCUGAGCCUUCGUACCAUCCCUAAUGUCGUCAAGAACGAGCUCGUGCACGAGAACGGAUCAUCGUGGCGCGUGGCACACAACAAUGCCUCGAGCCUUGUCCAGAUCAAGACCCUCGGCGUGGAGAUUGCCAAUGAGACCUACAACGCCCUGGUUUCUGGCCCGUCAUAUGUCGAGCCCGGCCGUAACCUGAGCCAGGCAGGCGUUGUGCCGUUCAACCGCUCGCCCUCCAGCAAGUUCCAGGUCAUCAGCGCCAAUAUCUCCUUCCCCCAAUCUGCGCGCCACUCGGGCCUCCAGUCUGGAUUCCAGAUCCUGUCGUCUAACCACGAGAGCACCACCGUCUACUACCAGUUCUCCAACGAAUCCAUCAUCGUGGACCGCAGCAACACCAGUGCCGCGGCUCAGACCACGGAUGGCAUCGAGACCGUCAACGAAGCAGGCCGUCUGCGGCUGUUUGAUGUCAUCCCUGACGGUGCGCAGCAGAAGCAGAUUGAGACCUUGGAGCUCACCCUUGUGGUCGACAAUGCCGUUCUCGAGGUCUACGCCAACGGCCGCUUUGCCCUCAGUACUUGGGCCCGGUCGUGGUACGCCAACUCGACGGACAUUAGCUUCUUCCACAACGGCGUCAAGGACGUGACUUUCGGAGACGUGACCGUCUCUGAGGGACUCUACGACGCUUGGCCCGCCAGACAUUGA